GCCAUGGAGAGCUACCUGUGCGCCGCCUACGCGCCCUGCUCCUACCGCUACCCGCCGCCCAAGGGCAAGGGCGGCGCGGCGGGCGGCUGGCGCGCGCGGCCCGGCUACCUGGCCGCCUACGGCGACGCGGCCGCCGCCGCCGCCGAGUACUUCGACAACUACCAGCGCGCKCAGCUGCGCGCCAUCCUCUCGCAGGUGAACCCCGGCCUGACGCCGCGGCUGCGCAAGGCCAACACCAAGGAGGUGGGCGUGCAGGUGAACCCGCGCCAGGACGCCGCCGUGCAGUGCUCGCUCGGGCCGCGCACGCUGCCGCCGCGCCGCCGCCCCGCGGAGCGGGAACGGGAGCAGGAGCGGGAGCAGGAGCAGGAGCAGGGCAGCCCCGCCACGACGAGCACGCGCGCCGUGCGCUUCCCCCGCACCAUCGCCGUGUACUCGCCCGUGGCCUCCCGCAGACUCACCGCCUUCCUGGAGGAGCCGGGCGCCGAGGCGGAGCGGCGCCCGCGGGACGCGCCGCCCGCCCCGUGAGCGCGGCGGCGCCGGGCGGCCCCGCGCGGCUCUGCGCAGCCCCGCGCCCACGGGCCGUGUCCCUCCCGGCAGUUCCUGGAGCAGAAGUACGGCUACUACCACUGCAAGGACUGCAACAUCCGCUGGGAGAGCGCCUACGUGUGGUGCGUGCAGGGCACCAACAAGGUCUAUUUCCGCCAGUUCUGCCGCACCUGCCAGAAGUCCUACAACCCCUACCGCGUGGAGGACAUCACCUGCCAGAGCUGCAAGCAGACGCGGUGCACGUGCCCCGUGAAGAUGCGCCAYGUGGACCCCAAGAGGCCCCAUCGCCAAGACCUCUGCGGGAGAUGCAAAGGCAAACGCCUCUCCUGCGACAGCACCUUCAGUUUCAAGUACAUUAUCUGAGUGGAGUGUUUUUGUUUAGGGCUCUUCGACAAAACUGCGGGUAGAGCAGAUUUUUUUUGUUGUUGUUUGAAGGUGCUUGGUGAGGUGUAGCUAGAAGACAUGUGAAUAAAGGUGUUGCAAAGCACUUCCAAGUGAUCAGGCAGGUUUAUGCCCAAGUCAGAGGAUGUACGUUGUUAUUUUCAUGAGGAAGAACCUAUUAGUGUUUCUCAGAUUAGUGGGGGUCUUGGCAGCCGUUGACUUGGGACCUUGUAGCAUCUCGAAUGGGAAGGGACACCUUCCAUUCCUACUACCUCUGAAUUAAACACGGACUUAAAAUUCAUCCCCUUAAAAUUCAUCACGGASCUCUACAGUAUGAAGCAGAAUAUCACUCUUGAACAAAGCAUCUAGUAACAUUCACUUAUUUUGCACAUUGAUAUUCCAUUUAGGAAGCUUCCUUCACCGCAGUAAUAUGAUUGAGAGGCACCRUAGAGAGGUCACUUCUAUCCGUGCUGCCUGUCUGCUCUUAGCUGUGGUAGCAUCCUU